AUUAAAACCUUGUUUUGAUACUUUACUAUUCAAAUAAUUAUGAUUCGAGUGUUACUUUUGUUGAUUUUCACCGCCGCCGGGGUUUGGAGUUUAACACCCGCAGAACUACAACAGUGCACGGCAAACCUAGCGUGUGCUGUCGACUACAAAGAUAUGUACCAGACUAAGUUGGACAAUGCCACGCACGUUAUGCAACUUGAACUUGAAAUAUUAAAACACCAAACGGACAGCCAAGUUCUACCGCUGCAGACUCAAGUGAACGCGCUGGAAUCUAAACACACUCAACAGACGACAGUUACGAACGCUGCACUCGGAAAAUUACAAAAUGACGUCAGUUAUGAUAGGCAGUAUUUAGCAAAUAUGUCCCAAGUUCUUCAUAAAUUGAACGAUGAUAUUCAUAAACAGAACAUGUUACAGUCCGAGGACGUUCACAAAUUAGUUUUAGACCUCACCACGGCCAGAAAUGAUAUCGCUAAUCUUCAGGCCACAGUUAAAGCAUUACUUGGACAGAAUAUGACGGCAAUGCAAAUUGUCGGCUCAAUUGGAAGCACAUCAUGCGCAGAUAAAGAUACAGAAAUCAUUCAACUGAAAAACAACCUCACUUACUACAUGAAUGCGUUCAACUCAGCAGAAAAGGCAUUGGAAAAUGUUCGAACCCUAGAAUCAUUUCUACAAACACAGGUAGUUCAACUAAAGGCAAAUCUGACCCGAACUGAAUCAAUCAACCACAUCAAAGACAAUCUAAUCGUGAGCCUUCAAAAUCAGCUACAAGCGGCCAAACUAAAUGUCCCCACAGUACCAACACCAACAACAUGUUCGGAUGCCCUUGGAAUGAAAAGUGGUACAAUAUCCGACUCUUCAAUCACUGCUAGCGAUAGUCAACCUGGGUACGGGCCAGAGCAUGCUCGACUAGACAACAGUCAAGGCUGGUACACGCCCGAGAGGUCCAGCAGUCAGGACUUCCUACAGAUUGAUACUGGAUCUUUACAUUACAUCACUAAAGUUGCAACGCAGGGGGCACCUUGUUGUGAUGUCAUGGUAACCAACUACACGUUACAAUAUUCUGCUGACGGUAGUAACUGGAAGGAGUAUAGGAAAGACUGUACUUUACAGCAUCUAACAGGUAACACGGACACUGUUACAGUGGUAGAACAGAAUCUAGCAGAUCCUAUCCUGGCAAGAUUUGUACGAUUUAACGUAAAAGACUUCAAGAAAAACGGAUCCUCCAAUUACGUUGGUAUGAGGGUGGAAUUAUAUGGUUGUAAGAAGAACUAGGGAAAAAAUAACAACAAACAUUCGUUAAAUAUAAAAAUUGCAUAUUUGUGCCUUUUUAAUAUAUCAAAAUAAAGAGGUUUGAACAGAGAAACUUGGAAGCAAUGUGUAUUGGUAAAACAUACAGCAACAAACAAAACAAGCUAGUAAAAUACUAGUAAGUUCAGUAUUCCUCAUACAAU